GUGAUUGGCUGGCGCGCGGCGCGGGGCGGGGCGGCGUGUGUGGGGGAUAGCCUCGGUGUCAGCCAUCUUUCAAUUGUGUUCGCAGCCGUCGCCGUGCCGCCGCCGCUCUCUAACGCCAGCGCCGCCUCUCGCUUGCCGAGCUCCAGUCGAGGGAGAAGGGGGGUAAGUAAAGAGGUGCCCUUACCAUGGCUCGUACAAAGCAGACUGCCCGCAAAUCCACCGGUGGCAAAGCACCCAGGAAACAACUGGCUACAAAAGCCGCUCGCAAGAGUGCGCCCUCUACUGGAGGGGUGAAGAAACCUCAUCGUUACAGGCCUGGUACUGUGGCACUCCGUGAAAUCAGACGCUAUCAGAAGUCCACUGAACUUCUCAUUCGCAAGCUCCCCUUCCAGCGUCUGGUGCGAGAAAUUGCUCAGGACUUCAAAACAGAUCUGCGCUUCCAGAGUGCAGCUAUUGGUGCUUUGCAGGAGGCAAGUGAGGCCUAUCUGGUUGGCCUUUUUGAAGACACCAACCUGUGUGCUAUCCAUGCCAAACGUGUAACAAUUAUGCCAAAAGAUAUCCAGCUAGCACGCCGCAUACGCGGAGAACGUGCUUAAGAGUCCACUAUGAGGGGAAACAUUUCAUUCUCAAAAAAAUUUUUUUUUCCUCUUCCUGUUAUCAGUAGUUCUGAAUGUUAGAUAUUUUUUCCAUGGGGUCAAAAGGUACCUAAGUAUAUGAUUGUGAGUGGAAAAAUAGGGGACAGAAAUCAGGUAUUGGCAGUUUUCCAUUUUCAUUUGUGUGUGAAUUUUUAAUAUAAAUGCAAGAUGUAAAGCAUUAAUGCAAGCAAAAUGUUUCAGUGAACACAUUUCAACAGUUCAACUUUAUAACAAUUAUAAAUAAACCUGUUAAAAUUUUCUGGACAAUGCCAGCAUUUGGAUUUUUUUAAAAUAAGUAAAUUUCUUAUUGACGGCAACUAAAUGGUGUUUGUAGCAUUUUUAUCAUACAGUAGAUCCCAUCCAUUCACUAUACUUUUCUAACUGAGUUGUCCUACAUGCAAGUACAUGUUUUUAAUGUUGUCUGUCUUCUGUGCUGUUCCUGUAAGUUUGCUAUUAAAAUACAUUAAACUAUA